AUGACGACCAAUUUCGAAGGCUCCGCGCCAGCUGGCCGGGUUAUGUCCUCAAGCUCAGCCACCAACCCGGGAAUCUUUCCCAACGGCCACUUGGGCCACUUGAACGCAACCCAGGAGGAGGCUCUAGAGCGCUUCAAGGUGGUGCUGGCCGAGAAGGGCCUGUGGAAAGCUGGCCCGCCGCCAUCGCACGAUGACCAGACGCUACUGCGAUAUCUGCGAGCCAGACGGUGGAUCGUGGACGAUGCUUUGACUCAGUUCAAGGAUACCGAAGAGUGGCGGGCGGCGAACAACAUUGAUACCCUGUACCAGACCAUCGAGCUCGAGGCGUACGAGCAAAGCCGUCGCCUGUAUCCGCAAUGGACCGGCCGCCGUGACCGUCGCGGCAUCCCUCUCUACGUCUUCGAAAUUCGCACCCUCGACUCCAAAACAAUCGCCAACUACGAGAAGCAGGGCGCAAACAGCACGUUUUCACAGGCCAAGACCGAUGGCAAGACGGCUCCAGGCCUUCUGCGGCUCUUCGCCCUCUACGAAAAUCUCACCCGCUUCAACCAGCCUUUCUGCACGCAGCUGAUGGACCGCGAGCACGCCGAUGUGCCCGUGACGAUGAGCACGAACAUUGUGGAUAUUUCGGGCGUUGGACUAAAGCAGUUUUGGAACCUCAAGGGCCACAUGCAGGCCGCUUCACAGCUGGCCACGGCACACUAUCCUGAGACGCUGGAUCGAAUCUUCAUCAUCGGCGCGCCCAUCUUCUUCAGCACAGUCUGGGGUUGGGUCAAGCGCUGGUUUGAUCCCAUUACCGUGUCGAAAAUCUUUGUGCUCGCUCCCCACGAGGUCAAGCCCACGCUGGAAGCAUUCAUUGACCCGAGGAACAUCCCGAAGAAAUACGGUGGUGAGCUCGACUACACAUUUGGCCAGCUGGGCAUUCCCGACCCUGCAUGGGAUGGUGUCAUUCGCUGGGAGAAGGGCCACAGCUCGUUCCCCAGCGGACCACUGCUCUGGGAGGACGUCCCGGGAGAGGACCGACUGGCUUGCGUUCGACUUGGUGCCGAGAAGGGCAAUACGCAACGAGAAAUCAUCUGCUCGCUCCCCAAGGCGUGGCAGCCGGCUGAAAAGACGACUGAAGAGUCGACUCAAACAGAAAGCGUAGCGAACACAGCGACCGACGACGUGUCUGAGGGGACUCAGACCACGGAAGCUACUCUCGACGGAACGACCGAUGAAACCACACAGACGGAUGGUGCCGCCGAAGCGAUUGAGAAGCUGAACAUUAACAACGAAAAGACCAACGGCACUACGACGGCAGAAGUGACCACCUUGGCCACUGCUACUGCUACCGCCGCAGCAUAA